AGGAUAGAGGAUGCUGUUCGUUUCUCUUUUUUUUUCCCCCCCUUUCUACAGGAGUUGCCGAUCCAAAGGCCUGGCUCAGGAGUGAUCCUGUGCCACCUGUACCAUCAAGAUCAAGAUCAAGAUGGUGGAGGGAACAGAGGCGGCGUCCCCGUGGUGCUGUGGUCAGUGGUCAGGUCACGGCGAGUGUGCGGCAGAUUGCGCCUGUGUUUGAGCUGGCCUGUGUCACCUGUGGCCACCUGGUCACCUGUCUACUCUGUGUCUGGUGGAGGGAACAGAGGCGGCGUCCCCGUGGUGCUGUGGUCAGUGGUCAGGUCACGGCGAGUGUGCGGCAGAUUGCGCCUGUGUUUGAGCUGGCCUGGGUCACUUGUGGCCACCUGGUCACCUGUCUACUCUGUGUCUGGUGGAGGGAACAGAGGCGGCGUCCCCGUGGUGCUGUGGUCAGUGGUCAGGGCCCGCCGAGUGUGCGGCAGAUUGCGCCUGUGUUUGAGCUGGCCUGGGUCACCUGUGGCCACCUGGCGGACUGGCGGCGCCUCCCUGGCCUCACCUGAGGGCGUGCAGCAGUGGCGAGACAGCAAGACCCCACCAGCAAGUCCAUUCUGCCCCAGAUCCCUCGGGUCAGUGGCCGGCAAGUCCUCCCGUCCAUUCUGCCCCAGAGCCCCUCGGGUCAGUGGCUGGCAAGUCCUCCCGUCCAUUCUGCCCCAGAGCCCCUCAGGUGCCAGGUCGGCGUCCAGCGACGGGACUCCCUCCGUGCAUCCUCGGCUCAGGCCUAGGGUUCCUGCAGGACUGGCCGCAGCCAGGAGCAGUGUUCCAAUGGAGGAUGUGACGUCAUGCAGCAGCAGCAGGAACAGCUGGGAGCAGCAGGCGACCCCAGGCGUGAGGACCUAUACUUGUGACCACUGCGGCAAAGUGUGCUCCACCAAGGCUGCCAUUGCCAGACACGUCCUCUCCCAUGCCGGCAAGACAAGGCUGAGAGGCAGGAGUGGCCCCACUGAACACACUGCCACCCACACUGGCGGCAGGAACCACAAGUGUGACCACUGUGGGAAGACAUUUGCCCGGAAGAGUCAUCUCUCCUCACACAUCCUCACCCACACUGGGGAGAGAAAGUUCCAGUGCCUGGAGUGUGGGAAAAGAUUUACCCUGAAAGGUGAUCUUCACAGACACAUCCUCACCCACACUGGGGAGAGAAAGUUCCAGUGCCUGGAGUGUGGGAAAAGAUUUACCCUGAAAAGUAAUCUUAACACACACAUUCUCACCCACACUGGGGAGAGAAAGUUCCAGUGCCUGGAGUGUGGGAAAAGAUUUACCCGGAAAGGCCAUCUUGACAGACACAUCCUCACCCACACUGGGGAGAGAAAGUUCCAGUGCCUGGAGUGUGGGAAAAGAUUUAUCCGGAAAGGCCAUCUUGACACACACAUCCUCACCCACACUGGGGAGAGAAAGUUCCAGUGCCUGGAGUGUGGGAAAAGAUUUACCCUGAAAAGUAGUCUUGACACACACAUCCUCACCCACACUGGGGAGAGAAAGUUCCAGUGCCUGGAGUGUGGGAAAAGAUUUAUCCGUAAGGAUUCCCUUGACACACACAUCCUCACCCACACUGGGGAGAGAAAGUUCCAGUGCCUGGAGUGUAGGAAAAGAUUCACCCUGAAAGGUGAUCUUAACAGACACAUCCUCACCCACACUGGGGAGAGAAAGUUCCAGUGCCUGGAGUGUGGGAAAAGAUUUAUCCAGAAAGGCCAUCUUGACACACACAUCCUCACCCACACUGGGGAGAGAAAGUUCCAGUGCCUGGAGUGUGGGGAAAGAUUUAUCCGGAAAGGCCAUCUUGACACACACAUCCUCACCCACACUGGGGAGAGAAAGUUCCAGUGCCUGGAGUGUGGGGAAAGAUUUAUCCGGAAAGGCCAUCUUGACACACACAUCCUCACCCACACUGGGGAGAGAAAGUUCCAGUGCCUGGAGUGUGGGAAAAGAUUUACCCUGAAAAGUAGUCUUGACACACACAUCCUCACCCACACUGGGGAGAGAAAGUUCCAGUGCCUGGAGUGUGGGAAAAGAUUUACCAGGAAGGAUUCCCUUGACAGACAUGUCCUCACCCACACUGGGGAGAGAAAGUUCUAGUGCCUGGAGUGUGGGAAAAGAUUUACGUUGAAAGGUCAUCUUGACAGACACAUCCUCACCCACACUGGGGAGAGAAAGUUCCAGUGCCUGGAGUGUGGGAAAAGAUUUACCCGGAAAUACCAUCUUGACACACACAUCCUCAGCCACACUGGGGAGA